AUGUCUCACGAUGCUGGCGUCACCGAGCACGAGAGAGUGUGGUGGAAAGAUGCGUGUAUCUAUCAGGUCUACCCGGCCAGCUUCAAAGACUCCAAUGGAGAUGGCUGGGGAGAUAUCCCUGGCCUGAUCUCCAAGCUCGACUACCUCGAGGAACUCGGUGUCGAUGUUGUCUGGCUGUCACCAAUGUUCGAGAGUCCUCAGGUCGACAUGGGAUAUGACAUAUCCGAUUACGAGGCCGUCUAUGCGCCCUAUGGCACGAUUGAAGACGUCGAGAAGUUGGUGAAGGGAUGUCACGAUCGGAACAUGAAGCUGAUUCUGGACCUUGUGGUCAAUCACACUUCGGUGGAGCAUGCAUGGUUCAAGGAAUCGAGAUCAUCAAAAGACAACCCGAAGAGAGACUGGUACUUCUGGCGGCCGGCCCGGUACGACGCAAAUGGCAACAGGUUGCCCCCGACGAAUUAUCGAAGCUACUUUGCCGGCAGUACGUGGACUUGGGACGAGCACACCCAGGAGUAUUACCUGCACCUUUAUGCACCGGAGCAGCCUGAUCUCAACUGGGAUAACGAAGAGUGCCGUAAAGCUAUUUAUCAGAGUGCCAUGAGGUUUUGGCUCAACAAGGGAAUUGACGGAUUCAGGGUCGAUACUGUGAACAAGUACAGCAAAGUGCUUCCAUUUGUGGAUGCGCCUGUCACAGACCCCAACAAUUACGUUCAAGCAGCGCCAGAAUUUUGGUGCAAUGGCCCGAGGAUCCACGAGUUCUGCAAGGAGAUGAAGCGGGAAGUGCUAGAUCGAUAUCAGACAUUUGACCACGGGCCUUUGGUGACAGUCGGCGAACUGUCUCUUACCCCGGACCCGAAAGGCGUUUUGGAGUACGUCUCGACCGCGGCCCAGGAACUCAGCAUGGUCUUCCAGUUUGACUUCACCCAUCUUGGUAACGGCAAUGGUUUCGAUGGAAAAUACGAUUUCCAACCAUGGAAGCUCUCGGAGAUGAAGCGAAUCGUUGAGAAAUGGCAGACAUUCGUCGAGAAUACUGAUGGCUGGACUACCGUAUUCAACGAGAAUCACGACAACGGCCGGUCCGUCUCGCGCUUUGGAAACGACAGCUCUCAGUGGCGCGAGAAGUCAGCGAAGAUGUUGGCGUUGAGUCUCAUCAGCCAGACUGGAACACUCUUCCUGUACCAAGGCCAGGAGAUUGGGAUGAUCAACGCACCAAAAAAAUGGCCGAUCGAGGAGUACAAAGACGUAGAGGCCGUUGGCCAUUACGCAGAGGCCGUGAAACUUUCUGAGUCAGGAGCCGACCCGACAAGAAAGGAGCGCAUCAUGAAAGGCCUGCAGAUCAUGGCCCGCGAUCACGCUCGGCUGCCGAUGCAAUGGGACUCAUCGCCUCAUGGUGGCUUCACUACGCCGGAUGCGAAGCCCUGGAUGCGUGCCCAUGACUCAUACACGGAUAUCAACGUUGAGAAACAGAAAAAGGACGGCAGUAGCGUUAUGAGCUUCUAUAAGAAGGCACUGGCGCUUCGGAAGGAGCACCGCGAUGUACUGAUUUACGGUUCGUUCGAGCUGCUGGAGCCCGACAACGACGAGACAUUUAUCUACCGCAAGAGGUACGGUGAGAAGGCUGCAGUGGUAGUGUUGAACUUUACAGAUUCUGCACAACCAAUCAGGCUAGAAGGGAAGGAUGGAAACGACAUGAAAAAGCUUCUCAGCACCUACCAAGAGCCGGAGGAUCAGGUGUUGCAGCCAUAUGAAGGCCGAAUCUACUUGAACUACGAAUGUAGGCAGCCAUAG